CUUUGUUUAAAUAUAAGGGUAGGAGUAUGUAUGUACUAUUAUUUUGCUUGCCAUCCAUUAAUUUCAUUCUUUCUCUCUUUCAAACCCAUUUCCAUUAUCCCAUCUUUCACGAAUCUAUAUAGUCCCCUUUAUCCCUCAUCCCCCCAAAAUGUCUAGGUCCUUGUUUCCACCACUUCCACAGUCGCAUCGGAUCAGAUACCCCUCAAAAAUCCAUCAAAAUGUGUCUCUUCUGGACGGUGAAAUACCUCUGCGACUGCAUCUACGACGAGUGGUACCGGCCCUGCCAAUCAAACGACGACACCAACCAGUCCCGCCAGCAAAAGACCUGGUGCUACCAGCGCAACAUCCAAGAGAUCACUGAUGUCCUGACACUAUGUGAAGCAUGUUAUGCCAAAGUCGAUGCCCGCGUCCGCAAGGAUGGCCUUAAGAAGGUGCUGCAGAGCGCAGAGACUUUCCCGCUUGCGGAGCCGCUGGGGAUGCUGGUCGCGCUUGAGGAUGACGGGUACGAGAAGUGGAAGGCGUUUGGUAGUGACCGGCAGGUGCUAUUGCUUGAGAGCCAGUGGUGUAUUCCUCAAACAGAGGGGGCGGUGGAUUCGGCGAGGUUAAAGCUAAAGCGCCCAAGACCGAUGGUGAAGAAGGGGGAGAAGAAAAAGAAAGUUGCUGAGUAG